UUAUUCGAUGACUUAUUCACCCUAACAGAUCUCGACAAAGAAGGCAAAAAAUUCGAUCGAGUCUCUCGACUAAAAGCCAUCUCAUCAAAUCAUUCCAUGAACCUAACCUUAGAUUUCAAUAUAGAAUUAUAUCCUUUAAAGAUUGGUGAUUGCUUUGCACUUGCUUUAUCUUCUUCUUUAACACCUGAAGGUGAGAAAGAUGGUGGAGCUGAAAUCCAGUCUUGGAGAUUGGAAGAAGGGAAAGGUGGAUUGGCUGAUGAGUAUGAUUAUGUUAUGUAUGGUAAACUUUAUAAAUUCGAUACUGGUGCAUCUGAUACGGUGACGUGUUAUAUUUCUUUUGGUGGUUUACUAAUGGCUCUAAGUGGUGAUUAUCGACAUCUUGAUCAACUUACAGUCGGUCAAAUGGUUUUUCUAUUAAUGAGAAGAUAG